CUUGUAGGAUUUUGGAACACCAGUGUGAGUCGAAUACUCCAUAAAACAGAUUUCUUUGUAGUGAAAUGGACCAUACUAUUUUUGUUGGGAGUACCGUCAAUUCACACUUCUUCACAUACUGAAGCAGGUCCGGGCCUGAACCUGGACCUGAUCCUCUGGACCUGGGCCUGAAUUUUCUGUACCGCCCGGUACCCACUCCUAGUUACAAUGUUUUAGACCUUACCUGUUGUAUUUAUUAUGUUUCCUCUGAGAGUGCUUCUGACAAUGAAAUUGUAGCAAUUCAAUAUCUUAAUGUGAUAAACCUCUUCAACGAACUUAUAGCAACUAUCACAGUUUAUUUGUAAUUUUCGUGAUUGCAUUAUUUACACAAGGUUGAAUAUGGAAAACAGUCCUAAAAUGAAUCGGUAGAAAAACAUUUCAAGAGAGGUGUUACGUUUUCUGUCCUUUUGCUAUCCGUCCUUAAAUUGCUUCUUAUCUUCAAUAGUGCAACAAAGGCAUACAAAUGUUAACAAAAACAUUGAUGUGAAUAUUCAAAUAGCCAGCUUCAGACAAUCAACAUCUAGAUAUCACUAACACCACAGUAAUUCAAUACAGUUUUAUACACUACAAAGGAACAACUACCGAAUCACGUAUCCCACAGGCGCAGCAAACAUGGGAAGAAAACCAAACAGAAUGCAUAGAACUGUUCCAAAAUCUCAGAUUUUGAGGCCAUACUAAUCUACUUCAUUAGUUUACUGUCGACAUUUUAAAGUAAUAAUUUCAGCAAGAUUAAAAAAAGAAAGAUACUUAAAAGUGCUAGCUAGGAGCACAGUUCGAAUCUGAAUGGAUUUUCUUUCUUGUUCGAACCAAGAUAUUCCCCUUGUAACUCAUUUGUUAAUUCCCAUUGUAACUCAACUCAGCUAAGAAUAAUUUUUUCAACAAUACAAGAUCCAACACAUAAGAGUUGGUAUGACCUUACAGAGGAGCUUCCUGUUCUGUUUAGUUGACAGGACACCGGUGCACCAUGGGAAGAAAAAUGCGACACCUGCUGAUGUUCCUUCUCAUCAUCCUGAAGAAGCCAAACAUCCCAGAAGCUGGCUGCAGCUGUCAGCUGUCAUCACCCUGCAGAUGCUCCAAUCUCCGCCUCCCCAGCAUCCCUCAUAACCUCCCAACAACCAUCAAACAGUUAAAUUUAACAAGUAACAUGAUAACUAGUAUUCAGUCUAGUGCGUUUGUGAACCUCUCCCGGCUACAAGAAUUGGACAUUUCCAAUAACCAGAUAACUUCUAUUCCGUCUUUUGCAUUUGCAAAUCUCCCCCAGCUAAAAUCAUUGGACCUGUCAAACAAUCAGAUAACUACAAUUCAGGCUGAUGCAUUUGCAAAGUUAUCCCAGCUUAGAAAGUUGUCGCUGUCCUACAAUAGGAUAGCAAAGAUUUAUCAGCAUGCAUUUCCAGCUGGUCUACUUGAGCUGAAACAGUUGACCCUGUCCAACAACCAGAUAAAAAUUAUUGAGCCUAAAACAAUCACACAUAUCCACCUACUACGACAGUUAGACUUGUCCUCUAACCAGAUAUCCACGAUUCAGCCUGGUACAUUUAAAUUAAUUUACACACUACAAAAAUUGCACCUUUCAUACAACCAGAUAUCAAAGAUUCAGUCAGGUACAUUCGAAGGUCUACACAUCCUCCGACAUUUGGACCUGUCCUUCAAUCAGAUAACAGUGAUUGAUUCUGGCACAUUUGCAGAGAAGCCUAUGUACCUGACAUUAGCAAGUCUUCCCCAGCUCAACAGUUUGUGGCUGUCCAACAACCAGAUAACAACGAUUCAACAAGGUGCAUUUGUACAUGUACCCUGGCUCCAACAGUUAUACCUGUCGUCUAACCAGUUAACAAAUGUUCAGCCAGGUCUAUCCGCAAAUCUAACACGCCUGAAAGAGUUGCAUCUGCACAACAAUCGAAUAAAAACGAUUCAGUCUGGCGCAUUUGAAAAUCUACGUCAGGUCAAAGUGUUGAACCUGAACAAUAACUCGAUUAUAAUGAUUCAGUCUGGUGCUUUUGCAAAUUUGUCCCAACUACAAAAUUUGGACCUGUGCUCCAAUCAGAUAACUAAAAUUCAAUCAGAUGCAUUUGCAAAUUUGCACAAACUAAAAGAAUUGGAUCUUCGGUCAAAUAAUAUGUCUGUCAUUCCCCCUUUAGCUUAUGGGUUGAUGCCAUCUAGUAGUCUUGCAGUAAAACUUGAGUGGAACCCCUGGCAGUGUGACUGUAGGAUGGCUCCCUUACUAAAAAAUACAGCAUUUCCUUCAUUUAAAGACCAGAUAAUAUGUGCCCAUCCCACCAAGUUCCAGGGGCAGAAGCUUACAGAGGUAGAAAUGAUAUGUGAAGACCCAACCAUAUCAACACUGCCUGUUGAUAUUAAAGUAACCUCUCACAGCUGCUACAAUGGUACAGUCACCUCUCACAAUACUGGCUCAAUACAUGUAGGUGGUCCUGCAAGCAAACCAAGAGCAACUCCAUCUUUACCCCUUGCAAUCACUUCAGACAAACCAGGAAGCAGAGAGUCCAAAGAGUUUGCCCCCAGUCUCCCGCUGCCUGUUAUCAUCGGCUCUGUCUGUGGUCCAGUAACUGGCCUUGUCCUGCUUGGCACCAUCAUUUACUUACUGUGGUACAAGAGGAGGACCAGCCAUCCUCCUUCAGGAAAUCCCAAUGUUGUUGGUAGCAACACAGACACAGCAGCUUCGGUAAUGACCAGUGAUCAUGAUCACCAGUAUGAAGAUAUUGACAGCCAUCAUGAUCAGACAGGGCAGGGCCAGUCUCAGGCUAACGCCCAAUCUCUGAAAGUUGGAGAUCUAUCUCAUAACGAAAUGCCAUCUGCCAUACAGCCAAAUCCUUUGCAUGCAAAUGUGGGGACACAGCCAAAUUUGGACCAAACAUCUAUAGCAAUGGUCAGCAGCCAUAAUCAAGUCAACACUGAAUCCAACACAAACACCAUGAUGGCUGCUGUGGUGGCUAGUGGCCAUGAUCAACAGUAUGAAGACAUGGACCAACAUAAUCAGACAGGGCAGGGCCAGUCUCUGGCCAUCACUGAAACCAACACCAUGAUGGCUGCUGUGGUGGCUAGUGGCCAUGAUCAACAGUAUGAAGACAUGGACCAACAUAAUCAGACAGGGCAGGGCCAGUCUCUGGCCAUCACUGAAACCAACACCAUGAUGGCUGCUGUGGUGGCCAGUGAACAUGAUCAACAGUAUGAAGACAUGAACCAACAUAAUCAGACAGGGCAGGGCCAGUCUCUGGCCAUGACUCAUUCCAACACAAACACAAACACUACACGUCUUGCUGUAACUAGUCAGUGUUAUGAAAUUGCCAAAUCUUUAGGCACUUCACGGUCAUCAGAUACCAUAAGGCCAACUGCCUCAAAAUCAAAGCCUAAUUCUCUGUACAACUACAGAGAUGUGGCCCAGUAUCAGGCCAUCAGCAAAUCCAACACAAAUACCUCAGCUGCUGCAAAGACCAGUGGUCAUGAUCACCAGUAUAAAGAUUUGGACACCCAACACGAUCAGACAGAUAUCACUGAAACCUACACAAGCACUGCAACUACAGUAGUGACCACUGGUCAUUAUCAAACGUUGCAGGGUCAGCCUGAGGCUUACACCCAAUCUCUGAAAGUUGGGAAUCUAUCAAAUGAAGAAGUGCUAGCUGCCUUACAGCCAAAUCCCAUGUAUGCAGAUGUCGGAAAACCUCAGAAGGAUUCAACAUCUACAGAUAUGGCCAGUUGUUAUGAUCAUGGUCAAACAUGGCAGGGUCAGUCUUAAGCCAUCAAUGAAUCUAACUCAAACACCACGAUGGUUGCUGUGGUAGCUAGUGGUCAUGAUCACCAGACAGGGCAGGGCCAAUCUCAGGCCAUCAGUGAGUACAACACAAAUAUCACAGCUGUAGUGACCAGUUAUCAUGGUCAAACAGGACAGGCUCAGUCUCGGCCAUCAGUGAAUGCUGAAAAUCUAUUUUUAUGGCACAGGGCCGACUGAAUCUCGGCUAAACUCUCUGUACGCAAAUGUGGAAACACAACAAUUGAAUCCAACCUUCCACAGAAAGGGUACUAUUGGGCAACCAAUGUGUGACAGCGAAAUUGUAUCAUCUCAAGACCAUUGAGAUAUUUAUAAAAAUUGAUUGAAAUUAUCAAUGAUGAUUGAGAAAUUGCUGUUGAAUGUUAGACAUCCAGGUAAUACGAUUUGGCAGAGAGACACUAAAAACAGAAACAGUUCUUAUGAUAAAGAGAAGCAUAAAAAAUGUGUCCUAUUCAAUUUCCUUCUUUUUUAUCAACAGUAACUGCAACUCUGCAUACUCAGUCAUUUUCGUGGCUCUCUGACAUUGUUUAACAAAACAAAAAUUGGCAAGAGGUCAAGUUAAAAAAAAAAGAAGGCUAGGAGGAUAACUUAUCACAUACUAAUUACUACAUAUUACCAGUUUAUGAAACAAGCUUUGCCUUUAAGUUAAUUUUUUUUUCUAUUUUGAUCCUCCAGAUCAGCAUAAUAAUGUUUGUUUUAUCCAAGGUCUUAAAAAUCAUUUGUUGUGGCUUAAAUGGACUGCAGUGGAGUGUUCAAGUGAAUUUGGUAACCUGCGCUGCUCCUGUUCAAGUAGCUCUAACCUCUAACAAACGCCAGGCAGGAAUAGAAAUGCCCACAUGCAACCUGGAAUAAAAAAAAGAUUGCAAUUUGCAACUAAAAGAUUUAAUUCUGUACGCCAGAAAAAUAAGGGUGAUUAUUAAUGAAUGAAUAAUUUAUCAUUUCGUAAAAUGUAUAAUCAUGCAGUAUUAGUAAGUAGUUCGUGGGUAGUAGAGACUAGCAGUUUUGAAAACUAUUGAAGUAUCACUGGCAGGUUUUGGUUCUGGAUCCUUGGCUACCUGUUGACUUGUA